CUCAGUUGCUCUAGCCUUCCUGGAGCUGCAGGUGUUCAAUUAGGGGCCCCUGGGCCUUGACCUUAUUAGGUGCCAGCAGCAGAAACAUGAGGGCCUGGAGCCUCCUCCUCCUGGUGGCCCUCCUGGCUUUGGGGAGCCAGCUGCCAGCUGCCACAGGCAGGAGGAAGGGAGAGAAAUUGGGGGGCUGUCCACCGGACGAUGAGCCCUGCCUCCAGUCAGUGCUUGACCAGUGCAUGGACGACAGCCAGUGUCCCUCCAGGAUGAAGUGCUGCUCCCGAGCUUGCUAUCGCCAGUGUGUCCGUAUGGUCUCAGUAAAGCCGGGCAGCUGCCCCAAGGACGCGCUGCGCUGCCUCAGCCCCAUCCAGCACCUGUGCCGCACGGACACGGACUGUCGGGGCUCUCGUAGGUGCUGCCCGGGCGCCUGCGGCCGGGACUGCCGGAACCCUGUCAGAGGCUAAUUCUGGGCUAGGAUCCACAGCUCUGAACCUCAGGUUGGGGUUCCCAGCAGCAAGAGAUGAGGAUGAGGGGCCUGCGACCUGCCACCCACACAGCACUAUCUCUGUCAGC